GAAGGACUGCGACGUGGCGGACCUGCUGUCAAUCGCGAACGCGUUCGACAAUCACUACGUGUACAAGCACAUCGCCGUCAACUCGCCGGACCAGACGAACCUCCCGAGCAGCAUCGAUAUUGUCGCGGAUCUGAGAGAGAUCCUCGCGAACGCCACCGCGGGGAAGUACCCGCGGCUGGUGGACGCGCACAUGGCGGCGUACCGGGCGGUGUGGGCGCUCAACGACGGGCAUAGCUUUUUCAUGCCGCAAUGCUUCAUGGGUACUUUCGACUUGCCGUUGCCGCUCUUGGCUGUCGUCGAAAACGGGCAGCAGAUCAUUCGCGUUGCGCCGCGCCGAUUUGCUGGCGGCAACAGCGCGCAGCCAGGCGCGCAGACAAGCUCAGUCGGUCAUGCGGACAUUCCGGUGAUGGACAGGUUUCUCGAACGCCAUCCCGCUCCAGUCUACUACCACGACGAUACGAGCGAUGGCAGUGGCGAUCACCUGAAUGUCGAGAUUGCGUCGCUUUCUGCUGCAGCAGCGGGACCGACCGUAUACCUGGUGGGCGGCACCACGGCUGUGGUCUGGAUUCACCAGUUCAGUCCCAGCGGCGAGGUGGCGAAGGCGUUGGAGGCGAAGAAGAUCAAUGAGGAGCAGUAUAUGAUUACGGAGAUCCGGCGCCUCUCAGAUCAUCAUAGACCUGCGUGGCAACGGUGGCGGGCGGUCCCACCGCAGCAGCAACGCUCAUGUGCCCCUCCAUGCUCCCCCCCCCUCCCGUCCCCCCCGUCCCCCCGUUCCCCCUCUCCCUCCAGAUCCGGCGCCUCUCAAGUCAUCCUAGACGUGCGGGGCAACGGUGGCGGCUCCGUUCUUGCCGCAUACACAGCCAUCCGUCUCCUCAUGGGGGCAGCCAAGGUCCCCGACUCUGCCUUCGCCAUGCCGAUGGAUUUCAACAUCGGUACCCAGUACACUGAGAAUGCCAUGAGCGCGCUCUCACUCGACCCAUCCAUGCUCUACUGCUUUAAUCCAUAUGUUGACCUCAAUGGCACCGACCUCUCCAGCGUCUUUAGCUACGCUCCUUUCCGCGAGCUCCGCUUCACAAAAGCCGGCCCUGUUGGGAACUACUCGGCGCCGUUUAAGAUGAAUAGCAAGUUUUCAGGGAAGGAGCAGCAGCCGGUGUUUGGCGACCGCCCCUUCCUGGUCCUUUCGGACGGAAACUGCUUUUCAGCCUGCGCAAUCCUCACGCACGUCCUGGGGAAACGCCACAAAGUGCCCAUGGUAACCGUGGGUGGUUUGCCCAACCAGCCCCCUGAUGUGAGCUCCUCGUGCCUCGGGUUUACUAUUCCUGAUAUCUAUGCGAUGGCACCAGGCCUCAGCAAUCUCGCUGCCUUAGUGCCAAAGAUGGCGUCGCUACCUCUCAAGGUGAAAGGGUCGGUUGGCAUGGCGUUUACCAACGGGUAUGUGGAUUCGGAGAUUCCGUGCGAGUUUGAGUUUCUGCCCAGCCAGCAUCACAUUAACUACACCGUUGAUCUCAUUGACAAGCCCUGGGCCAUUUGGAGUGAGGUGGCCAAGCUCUUAGCCUCCCCUGCUGCCUAG